UUAUCAAUUUCAAUUAUCAAUCAUCCACUUUCACAUCUAUUCACCGGUCACUUUUACAUGUACCCUUUUUUCUUCUUCUUUUAUAGAUCAUUCUCCUUAAUCCCAGAGGUAAUUCAUCCUCGAUAAUGCUCAUUUUAAAACGUGUGAUUUUGCUGUUGUUAAUCGCUGGCACCCACAAAGCGGAGGCUUUUUUCGAGACCCUUUGGGCUACUAUCACUGGUGGUGAGCAGUGCAACAAACAUUGGAUAAAUUUUGAUUUCAAUGCUUUUCAGCAUGAUUUGAACGAAAAUCUAUUCGGUCAACCCCUGGUGCUGGAAAGUGUCGGCUAUGCUGUCAAGUCUCAUUAUGCUAAAAAUGACAGAAAUCAGAAGCCUCUAGUAUUGAGUUUUCAUGGUAUGCAAGGGAGUGGGAAGAAUUAUGUUUCAGAUUUUAUCGUGAAGCAUACUUUCAGGAGAAAUUUAGAGACUGGCCGAAAGAGUCAGUUUGUCCAUUUCUUCAAUGGGAGGUUACAAUUCCCAUUGGAGCGCCAUAUCCACACUUAUAAGUACGAGCUGGAGAAAACAAUAAAGGAUGCUCUCUACAAUUGUCCAUAUUCAAUCUUCAUUUUUGACGAAGUUGACAAAAUACCUAGAGGAGUGCUCGAUACCCUCAAACCGUACCUAGACUAUCGUUUUGAAGUGCAGGGUGUUGAGGCUAAAAAAGCCAUCUUCAUCUUCUUGUCCAACACCGGAAGUAGAGCAAUCAUGGAAAAAUACCUUGAAUAUUGGAACGAAGGCAUUGAUCGAAACAAUUUAUCUUUGAAUGAUUUUGAUGAUGUCAUUCGUUCAGGAGCGUUCAACGAAGAUGGGGGACUCCAGUUUAGUGACAAUAUUGAAUCGAAUCUGAUCGACCAUUACAUUCCAUUUUUGCCAUUAGAAAAGUCGCACGUUCGAUUAUGCAUUCUCAAGGAGCUGACCUAUCAUUAUGGUUUUCAUCCAGAUAACAAAGAAGAGAUUGUAAAUGAAGUUUUCAAAACAGUCACGUUUGGUCCCAAGCCUGAGAAAAUUUUCUCAACAAGUGGUUGCAAGCGCAUUAGCCAACAAGUUGCCACUUUAGUUACAAAAUCAAAAUGGAGAUCCAAGUCCGAACUGUAAAAGUUAACAUUUUUACUUUGACAGACUGAUAUUACAUAUUCUGCAGACACCAUCAGGUAAAUACUCAAGUAGCAGCGAUCGCUAUAAACAGCGAUUUUAUCGGUUGGUUAUCGUGGUUAUAUCAGUGGCAAUAUAUCGAGAUAUUAUCGCAUUAAAAAUCGCGAUAUAUGGCGAUUAAAUCCCUACAAAUCGCAAUCUUUGGUUUGAUAAAAUCGUGAUCAAUUUUUGUUGAUAAAAUCGAGGUUGAAUCGCCAUAUAUAUAAAUUUUUAUUUCUAAAAUAUCGCGAUAAAUUGUCGGGCAAUAAAAGCGCGAUUUUAUCGCGAGAUGAAGAGAUGAAUCGCUCGUUUAUUGAGGAUAAUCGCUCAGAUGUUGAUGAUCCUGGCGAUUUUUCCAUGAGGUGAUUCGAUGGACGCCAUAUUUUGUGUCAGAACGGCAUGCGAUAUAUUGCAUCAAUUGACUUCAUUUUUUCA